UGAGGUGGAAGACCUAGUAGCAGAAGUACACGUGCGCAAUGCUGUGUCUGACGGCGGAGGCACAGGGCCAAGGAGGAGGAGCUCGAUCACCUCGGUGGCAAUCCCACACCGUUUACGUGGAUUUCCUCGAUUUGGGUUUGGCAAAGUUGCACAUUUAUUCAUCUCUUCAUCGGAAUCUCCGAAGAUUAUUAAAAUAAUCAAACAAACAAAAAAAAGAAUCCUAAGAAAUAACGUAGUGUAUAUCAGUCUCUGCCACAGCCAUUGAUCUAUUUUACUCUCACAUACGAGCUAAAGAUCCUUCCUUUUCUUUCUUUCUUUCUUUCUUUCUUUAUCGUGGGUUUGAAUGGCCAAUGCUUCUGGGUUCUUUACUCCUUCAAUUCCCAGCUUGAGAUUGAGAAGGAGGAUUCAAUCUCCAAUAGAGAUUUAUCGAACUGGGUUUUGCUCCCCUGAGGGAUUCUCCUUGAGGGUGUUUUGUUCCAACACCGCUCAAGGCUCAGACAAGCUUGCUUCUGGUUCUGGUGCUUCCUCUUCUGAAUCUCGGGCACCCAGGCUGGUCAGUCAGGGCUGCAAGUUAGUUGGAUGCGGCUCAGCAGUACCCACUCUGAAGGUUUCCAAUGACGAUCUUGCAAAAAUAGUUGAUACUUCUGAUGAAUGGAUAUCUGUUAGGACUGGGAUUCGUAAUCGACGAGUUCUAUCAGGCAAAGAUAGCCUGACAACUUUAGCAGUCGAGGCAGGGAGGAAAGCUCUUCAAAUGUCACAGGUUGACCCUGAUGAUGUGGACCUAGUGUUGAUGUGCACAUCAACACCUGAGGAUCUUUUUGGUAGCGCUCCUCAGAUCCAAAAAGCACUUGGCUGCAAAAGCAACCCUUUGGCUUAUGAUAUUACUGCUGCAUGUAGCGGAUUUGUCCUGGGUCUAGUAUCGGCCGCUUGUCACAUUAGGGGAGCUGGGUUUCAGAAUGUUCUAGUGAUUGGGGCUGAUGCUCUUUCUCAAUAUGUUGAUUGGACUGAUAGAGGUACCUGUAUUAUCUUUGGAGAUGCUGCUGGUGCUGUAUUAGUGCAGGCAUGCGACAGCAAAGAGGAUGGCUUAUUUGGUUUUGACCUACAUAGUGAUGGUGAUGGCCAAAGACAUCUAAAUGCCACCAUCAAAGAAAAUGAAAUAGAUAACGCAUUGGGAUCUAAUGGUUCAGUGUUAGACUUUCCCCCAAAGCGAUCCUCAUAUUCGUGUAUUAAAAUGAACGGCAACGAAGUCUUUCGCUUUGCUGUACGAAGUGUGCCACAUUCAAUUGAGUCUGCCCUUGAAAAGGCUGGUCUCCCUCGGUCUAGCAUUGAUUGGUUACUACUUCAUCAGGCAAAUCAGAGGAUCAUUGAUGCAGUUGCUACACGGCUAGAGGUCCCACCCGAACGAGUCAUAUCAAAUUUGGCAAAUUAUGGUAACACAAGUGCUGCUUCCAUUCCAUUGGCAUUAGAUGAAGCUGUUCGAAGCGGCAAGGUGAAGGCAGGCCAUACUAUAGCAGCUGCAGGAUUUGGAGCAGGUCUUACUUGGGGUUCUGCUAUUGUCAGAUGGCAAUAAAACCUCAAUUAAACGGCUAAUCACCAAUACAGAAGACAUAAUAGAUUUUGAUAUGAAGUGCAGUUCAGCUCUUCAAAUCUUGCUACCCAUUCCAUUUGUAUCAAAGAUAUACUGGGGGGGUUUAUUGUCAUAUUUUCCAUCAACCCCCUUUUGUUUGUUUAUCUUUUGUUAAAUUUUAGCUUUGAUUGACAGCCUUAAUAAAGUUGAUUAUUUUCCUUAAA